AUGAGCCUUCCACCUGCUACCUCUCGCGCUGCCCUACCGUUCACGCAGAGCCUCCUUGGCACCGAGAACUUCGAUGAGUGGUUCUUUGAACUCACUUCCGUCAUCCUUGCCGGUGAGCUGGCGACUCACUGCGCGCAAGUCGAGACGGCCACCCGAAGCGGCAGCACUGCCUGCCGGCGCACCGCCGCUUCCACCACUCACGCCCACCCACCACUGGGUGUGAAGCUCACCGAGUGGCUCGCGGAGAACUGCUCGACGGACGAGGUGAUCGCGAAGUCUAUCUGCAACCACGUGGAUGAGUUAAUCAAGUUCGAGAAGACGGCCAUCGCGCGCUCAUGCGCGCUGGUCUACGCCUCCUUGUCACCCACGGUCCAGCGUAAUGCCGCUCCCGGAAUUCGCGACGAAUGUGCGCAUUUAAUUAUUUCGUCGCUUCGGCGGAUGUUCUCCAGCGACAAACAAAAACAUGCAACGGCCAUCUCCUUGCAAGUCAACCUCCAAGCCUUCGACAAGAUGCUAACGGCAGUGGAGAAGCUGGAAGGGAGUCCCCUCAGCGAUAGCCACUUUGCUUCGGCCCUCCUAGCCGCACUACCGGAGUGCAUCGCUCCAGACCUGUUCAUCAAGGGGUACGCGGCGAUCUCGCGACCGUUGGAGCGACUCAAGACAGCCGAACUGUUUCAGUGGGACAGCGACUGUGAUGUGACGCUGGACAAGUUGAAGCGCGCAUUGGCCAGUCCGCCAAUCUGCCUUUCCAUAUUUCGAACCUCCAAGUGGCGAGAAUAUGUGAUAGCCUAUGCCAGCCAAGCACUAAACCAGACCCAGCAACGGCGGAUCAACAAAACGAAAGGCUCGUCAGAAAACGAGUGCUUUGGUAUUGUGUGGGCGACAAGCAAGUUCCGCACCUACCUCGACAGGCGCAAUUUCACGGACCACGCGGCGCUUGCAUGGCUGUUCAAGUCCGGGUCACACUCCACGAACGCGAAACUGGCGCGCUGGGUCUGUCACCUCCAGAGCUUUCAAUUCACGGUGACGCACCGACCUGGCGUAAAUAUGGGUUGCGUCGACGGGCUGUCUCGGCUAAAGAUCUCAUCAAUUGUCGCUGGCCAUGCGGAUGGGAGCGGUCAGGUGCUCGGAUCUAUGGACGCAUGGGGUGACGGACUCGUACUGGUCCAAUGGCUGCGGCGGUCACGCGAAACUUGGAUCGCUCAGCUACGGAAACCAAAGAAGGCACGGCUGGUGAGGAACGAGUCCCUACGGUAG